AGCAGUAGUUGCCAGUCCGUAGUAGCAUGUCCCGUGUUGAAGAGAUCCCUGUUAAAGAGGUAGAGGAGGGUGUCGUCGAAUCCGACACUGAUACCGAUGACGAGAUGCCCACCUUGGAGGCCACCAACGGUGAGGUCCCUGAGGGUGGUGCCAUGCCCGAGAUGCAUGCCAAGCUCAAUCGUGCCGAGAAGAAGGCACGUAGGGCCAUGCAGAAGCUCGGCAUGAAGGCUGUCCCCGAUGUCGUCAGGGUUACCUGCAGGAAGGGCAAGAACAUGCUCUUCGUCAUCUCCGAGCCUGAUGUCAUGAAGGCCCCCCACGCCGACACUUACGUUGUGUUCGGCGAGGCCCGAAUUGAGGACAUGUCCGCCGCCUCUCAGGCCGCUGCCGCUUCGCAGUUCACCUCUACUCCUGAGGUCUCUAACGUCGAGUCCACUGAGGCCACUGAGACCACUGCUGCUGCCGAGCCCGAGGAGGACGAGGGUGAGGUCGAUGAGACCGGUGUUGAGGCCAAGGACAUUGAGCUCGUCAUGAGCCAAGUGAACUGCUCAAGGGGCAAGGCUGUUAAGGCCCUCAAGGCUGCUAACAACGACAUCGUCGAGGCUAUCAUGCAGCUCUCUCCUUAAACGGUGUGCUCAACAACACUACCUGAUUGGCAACAGCGGCAGUUACAUUGUUUCUACCGCAGCCAGGAUA